AUGCUCCGCUUUGUUCCUCGUCGUCUCGCCAUCGGCGCGUAUUCCAUGUUCAUGAUUGAGCAGAGGAACAAUCCGAAGCUGAAGGGCCUCGCUGUUGCCGAUCGCGGUAAGAUGACGUCCAAGAUGUACAAAGCUCUGAGUGCGAACGAUAAGGCGGCGCUCGACAAGCGUGCUGCUGCAUGGGGCAGCUUCAAACACAAGAGUGGGAAGACUAAGACGAAAAGGGAGAAGAAGGCGAGCACCUCGCGCUCGCCGUCGGCGUACGCCAAGUUUGUUAAGGAGAAUAUUUGCCGUUUCGAGAAGCUGCCGCACCACGACCGCAUGAAGGCUGUGGCAAAGCUGUGGAAGCAACACAAUGCGCGCUCCGCCAAGUAA